AUGAAACAAAAUAGUAGGUUCUUGAUUUUGUUUCUCUCAUCCAUUAACGUCUUCUUCAAGAUCACCGGCGCUGCACCGGCAAGUCUACCGUCAAGCGCCAUAUUUCCGGCGUUGAUAGUGUUCGGGGAUUCGUAUGCCGAUACCGGAAACAAUAAUUACCUCAAUACGAUCGCAAAAUGUAACUUUCCACCUUACGGUAUCAAUUUCGAAGGUGGUAUUCCCACCGGAAGAUUCGGAGACGGUGAAGUUUUUCCCGAUUUAAUAGGGUCGUUGUUAUCGGAAGGUUUGGGAAUUAAACGAACAAUACCAGCCUCUUUAGAUCCGACUUUAACAUCUAAAGAUCUUCUCACCGGUGUUAGCUUCGCUUCUGGUGGUUCUGGUUUUAAUCCCUGGAUAUCCCAAAGCAGGUCAGCAUUGUCAAUGGAGGGCCAGUUAAAAAAAUUAGAAGAGUAUAUUGAAAAACUGAAGAAAAUUGGAGGGGAAGAAACAACGGACGAUAUUAUAUCGAAAAGCUUAUUCCUCGUUGUCUCCGGCAGCAACGACGUGCCCAGCGCUGCGGCUGGAAACCUCCAGUACGACGUCGAAUCGUACACCUCUUCCGUCAUUAAAUUUGCCUCCGAUUUCAUGAAAAAACUAUAUAGAUACGGAGCAAGAAGAAUACUGGUAGUAGGUGUACCACCAUUUGGAUGUUUACCAUCACAAAGAACAUUAGGAGGAGGUCUUCAAAGAGAUUGUGAUCAAGAUUACAACAAUGCAUCAAAGCUUUUCAAUUCAAAGCUCUCUUCCAUGUUGGAUUCACUAUCACCAACCUUACAAGAUACCAAGUUGGUGUAUUUUGACUACUACAACUCUCUCCUUGAGCUCAUCCAAAGCCCACAAAGAUACGGAUUUGAAGUGGUGGAUAGAGGUUGUUGUGGAACAGGACUGAUAGAAACCCUUUUGUUGUGCAACAGAUAUACGUCAUCGAUAUGUCCAAAUAUAUCUGCAUAUUUGUUUUGGGAUGCUUAUCAUCCUAGCGAAAGAGCUAAUAGAAUUUUAAUCUCGAAACUUCUUGAAAAAUCAGUCCCUAUGUUGUUGUGA